AUGGCGAUGGACUACGCGGCCAUCGAGGAUGGAAGAUCUGCCAACCCAAUUGCGCGCUUCAUGGCCUGCAUGGACCGCAGUGCUCACCUGCCCAGUAUUGCACGGAUCGUCAAGCCAGAUACAUGGACGCAAGCAUGGAUGGCCAACGAAGCAGACGCACUUUCUACCCCCACAAUCGUACCUGCCGCAAAGCAAGGACGAGACUCGAUUCCUGGCAUGCGCAUUCUUGCGCGUGACACUAGUAUCCGAAAAAUUGCCGAGCUUGUUGGCCCUGAAACAAACGUAGAAGUGAUUGAUGUACGCACACAGAUGUCAUCUUCUGCGUGGACACUAGACGAGUGGGCCUCGUAUUUUGAGACGCCUCCUGCACAUCGCGAGAAACUACUGAACGUGAUCAGUUUGGAAGUCACAGGGACACCGCUUGGCCGCAUGAUUGAGCCGCCGGAGAUGGUGCGCGAGAGCGACUGGAUUGAGCGUGACUGGCCGCUCGAUAAACGACCAGCAUGUACGGAUGCAAGCAAGUGGCCCAAAGUGCAGCGAUAUGUGCUGAUGGGCGUCCAAGGCGCAUUCACCGACUUCCACAUUGAUUUUGCUGCAAGUUACGUAUACUACCACGUUGUAUGGGGCGAAAAGGUUUUUUUGUUUGCACCUCCUACGCCAGCGAACCUGAAAGCGUACAAGGCAUGGACAUUGUCCACACGACAAGAAGCCGAAUGGCUCGGCGAUACACUCCAGCAGCUCAGUCGUGUGCAGAUCAAGACAGGGGAGACUAUGCUGAUUCCAGCUGGCUGGAUCCAUGCCGUAUACACGCCCCGCGAUUCACUCGUCAUUGGCGGAAAUUUUUUAGCGGAUUACCACGUUGCAAUGCACUGGCGUAUCGAGGCUAUGGAGAUUGCUACGCGUGUUCCCCGCAAGUUUCGUUUUCCCCACCUGAUACGGCUUGCAUGCGUAUUCACCACGGAUCCUUGA